AAAGAAAAUAUUUUUAACACAUAUACCCACAGCUACAAACAUCAAUCAUAUAUCUGUGCGUUGAUUUGAUAUGAUUUUUGGGUUUUGCGGCAAGAACAAGUGAUGCCCAGAUGGAGAAACAUGCUGCUGUUGAAGAGUUCUAUGUUGGAAUCAACAAUUACACCACCCCCAUCUCUCACUUUUGCUUCUUUUUUUCAUUCCACACCAAUUUCUUGUGAGAAAUGGAGGAACAAAUGGGACCCUGAUUCGAAUGGUCAACAACCUUCAAAGUCGUACAUUAGAUAUGAAACACGUCAAAAGCGAGCUGAUGCAAAGAAAGCCCUGAGGAAUCUCCUCUAUCAUAAUGGUUCGUGCAAGACAACAUAUGAGGAUGUGCAUAGUAAAUUCGAAACUACAAAUAUUUGGGGCCAAGGGAAAAGAGAUCGGUCUAAUAGUUCAAAGAAAAAAGGAAGAUCAAAGUCUUCUGCACAUGCUUCUAAAGCUCAUGACCACAAGAAGAAGUAUCAAUCUAGUAGAAAUAACCCAUUUGAAGAUUAUGAUGGAUAUUCUGAGCCAAUCUUUCAAGCAACUUUUGGGGGUAGAUGCUAUACUUGGUCCUACAGGAUGGAGGGAGAAUCUUCUUUCCGAAGAUCAUCAUCUGGAUUUGAGUGGAGAGAGCACUCACAACGGACCAACAGUAAUAGAGAAUGGGAUGAUGCACAUGAAACAUGUUCUGAAAGAGAAUCAUGUUUUCCAGGUUCAUCAUCUGAUAGAACAAUACUUGGUCUGCCUAUUAGUGGUCCUUUGAAAAUUGAAGAUGUCAAAACUGCUUUCCGCUUGUCCGCUUUGAAAUGGCAUCCAGAUAGGCAUCAAGGCCCUACUCAGGCAGUAGCAGAAGAGAAAUUCAAACAUUGUGCCGAAGCAUAUGAAUCACUGUGCAAAGCGCUGGCCUCGGCUUAAGCAUUGAGGCAUUUUCUCCAACCAACCGUGGCGUUUCUCAAAUUUUGUAAUCUUUUUCUCAUUUCUCGAUUUCUGUUAUCUCCUUUCUCCAAUCUACCUUUGGGUUUCUCACUUAAAUUAGUACAACAAAAGAACUUAUAUGUAUAGCAUUCUGAAGGCACAAAGCAUAUUUGUGAGCACAGCUUCAUUUUAGUGUCUAGUUGAACAAUACAGUAGUUGAAUAAGAGGAGGAUCUUUUAAAGAGGUUGUCUCAGACAUGUUAACUCCAUGGAGCUUAUACUGAACAAGCUGCUUAGCUAUGGUUACAUAUGUUUGUCA